AUGACUUCAGAAUACGAAAAGAAAACUGUUGCCCAGCUGCAAGAGCUUCUCAAAGCGCGCACGUUGGCAACGAAUGGGAAAAAGGCAGAGCUCAUUGCACGCCUGCAAAACGCUGAUAAAUCGGCAGCAGAAGCGCCUGCAAAAGAGGCGAAGGCCGAUGCUGCAGAAGAUGUGAUUGACUGGGACGAUGAUGCGCCGGCUGGGGAAGCACCGCCGAAAGAAGUGACGGAGCCUACGACGGAAGCCAGCGCUGCUACUAUUGCUGCUGGCGGCCAAGGGCCAGUUUCUAAUCCAGUGGCCGUUCCAAAUCAGGAACUAGCAGUGGACCCGGCGAAAACAAGUGAACUCCAUGUGGAAUCACAGGCUGGUACUUCCGAAGAUCAGAAGGCGGAAGAGAAGCCUGCGGUCGACUACAGCAUUGGCCUUCAGGCAACCGAUCUGGACGUAGAGCUGGAGAAGCGCAAAGCUCGUGCGGCGAAAUUUGGCAUUGUUAGCGAAGCUGGCGACAACACGACAGAGUCGGACAAGACCCUUGAACGAGCGAAACGAUUUGGAACGAGCGAAUCGGCUCCUGCAAUCAACGGAUUGGAUCAAGCGCUACCAGAGAAAUCCCACAAGCGUGGACGAGGCGACGACCAGGGUGGGCGAGGAGGCAAGCGACGGAAUUUCGGUGGACGCAACCGCCAACGUGGUCGCAACAAUGGGCCUUCGGACAAACAAGCUGGUCGUGGCAACGCACCCAAACCCGUAUAUAGCGACAAGGACAAAGCAGCUUUGGAGGCUAGAAAGAAGCGAUUCACCGCGGCAGCUUGA